GAGCAUGUUGACCUGAUCCAAAAUGGUCGACUCGUCAAACUGCAGCUCGGCUCCGAUGGACUACUUCCCGUCGUCCAGCGAGGGUCUGGACUAUGGGAUCCCCCUGGACGAGAUCCCGGACACCACGCAGGGCCGGGCCUUCUUCGUGGCCACCAUCGUCAUCGCCGCGGUGCUGGUGUGCAUCAUGUUGGUGUGCGGUGUGGGAAACUGUCUGUUCAUCGCCAGCCUCGCUCGUUACAAGCAGCUCCGUAACCUGACCAACCUGCUGAUCGCCAACCUGGCCGUGUCGGACGUGCUGGUGGCGGUGGUGUGUUGUCCCUUCCUGUUAGACUAUUACGUGGUGAAGCAGCUGUCGUGGGAUCACGGCCUGCUGCUCUGCGCCGCAACCAACUACCUGCGCACGGUGUCGCUCUACGUGUCCACCAACGCUCUGCUGGCCAUCGCCGUGGACAGGUACAUGGCAAUCCUGCAUCCUCUCCGUCCUCGUAUGAAGUACCAGACGGCGUACUGUGUGAUCCUGACGGUUUGGAUCGUCCCUGCCUUCAUCUCCAUCCCCUCCGCCUACAUGGCCUCGGAGACCACGUACCCACAUGUGGACGGAGGCACCUUCAAGACCUUCUGCGCUCAGAUCUGGCCCGUGGACCAGCAGGUGUACUACCGCUCCUACUUCCUCCUUAUCUUCGCUCUGGAGUUCAUCGGCCCGGUGACCAUCAUGGCGGUCUGCUACACCCGGAUCUCCAGGGAGCUCUGGUUCAAGGACUUCCCGGGUUUCCAGACGGAGCAGAUCCGACGGAAGCUUCAGAAGCGUCGGAGGACGGUGGUGGUUCUGAUACUUGUGCUGGUCGCAUACAUCCUGUGCUGGGCGCCUUACUACAGCUUCGCCCUGCUGCGGGACUUUUACCCCACCCUCAUAUCCCAGAACAGGAACUCCCUGGUGGCUUUUUACAUCAUCGAGUGCAUCGCCAUGAGCAACGGGGUCAUCAACACCCUCUGCUUCAUGAACAUCCGGAACAACAAGCGCCUGAAGAAGGUCAGCAAGUUCCCGCUGAAGCUGGUGACUGCCAAGUCAGUGUACGAAGGGGAGGCGCGGACCUCCUCCCUCCGCAUGACGGAGGACGUGGGGGACACUAGGCUGAGGUAGAAGUCAAAACAUCAAACAGGUCACACAGCAAAGUGGAUCUACUGAAACCUAAACACCGGACCAGUCCUAAUGAACUUGUUCAGCGGAUGCGGCGAGACGCUGGUACACCGAGGUGGCGCCGAUUCUGAAAGUCUUGCCAAUGGUUGCAAAAAUUCUGGGCUUAGCAACUGGACUGGCACAGAACGCCGUAUAACACAUGGACAAAGACUCAGUGACAUCACCUUUUGGUUUCUGAAGUGGAGUUUCAAAGCCUGAAUAUUUACAAAACAAACGAGUUAUUAAAAAUUCACUGGAUGCUGUCGUCCAAAUGUUGCAGGAUGCAAACUGCCAGAAAAAAAAAGAUGGCUGCCUGAAUCUUAACAGUUCAUGUUUGUACGGAAAGGCGGGUUACAGAGAUUAUAACUCAGAAGGUUUGAUGAUCAGCCAGUCAUAGCGAGGGUCUACAUCACAGAUUGUGUUCAGGAAGUGGACCUCCUGGUUUUAAAAAAAGCAGCCAAUGCAGGAGUGUUUUAAACCUGCA